CGUUCGUUCACUUGGAGUUGCGACGCGCGCGCGCACGGACCGCGAGUCACCGCGCUGCUUCAGCCGCGAGCCAGCGAGCUUCAUGUGAAUAUGAGAACCGAUGACGCACUGGGACGCGGAGCAACAACUACGGACGUCCUGAGCCGAACCGACACGCGGGGAUGUAUUAAAUGUGGCAGAGCGACGAAGAUGAGGAUUAAAGCGGGUGCGCUUGUUUGGAGUCUGGUGCUUUUUAGCACGCUGGCGUGUGCGCGGGGUUUCAUAUACACAUGUGGUGGGACAUUAAAAGGCAGGAAUGGGACCAUUGAAAGCCCUGGUUUUCCUUAUGGUUACCCUAAUGGGGCGAACUGUACUUGGGUUAUUGUAGCAGAGGAAGGCAACCGCAUUCAAAUAGUCUUUCAAUCAUUCGCAGUGGAGGAGGAAUAUGAUUUUUUAUCCCUCUAUGAUGGACAUCCUCAUCCAGCUAACUUCAGGACGAGGAUAACAGGUUUCCAAAUCCCACCUCCAGUCACGAGUACAGGGUCUGUCUUUUCCCUGCGGCUCACCAGUGACUUUGCUGUGAGUGCUCAUGGAUUUAAAAUCUAUUAUGAAGAGUUACAGAGCAGCUCGUGUGGUAAUCCAGGUGUCCCACCCAAAGGCAUCCUGUAUGGUACCCGCUUUAACGUUGGUGACAAAAUCCGCUACAGCUGUGUAAGUGGGUAUGUGUUGGAUGGCCAUUCCCAACUGAACUGUGUGACUAACGCAGGCAACGCAGCAGUAUGGGACUUUCCCAUGCCCCUCUGCAGAGCUGAGGACACAUGUGGUGGUACUCUGAGGGGUUCAAGUGGCAUCAUUUCGAGUCCCAAUUUCCCGAGUGAAUAUUACAAUAAUGCGGACUGUACGUGGACCAUACUUGCUGAUCCUGGAGACACCAUCUCCAUCAUUUUUACAGACUUCCAGACGGAGGAAAAAUAUGACUACUUGGAAGUGGAGGUGUCGGAGCCACCCACAGUAUGGUUAUCUGGAAUGAACAUGCCAUCUCCUAUUGUCAGCAACAAGAACUGGCUGAGACUACACUUUGUAACUGAUGGCAACCAUCGAUACAGAGGCUUCAGUGCCCAUUAUCAAGUGAAACGAUCCGUAGAUUUUAAAUCUAGAGGAGUAAAAUUAUUUCCUGGCAAAGACAACAACAACAAGUUUUCUAUCAUGAAUGAGGGUGGAAUCAAACAGGCUUCUAACUCCUGCCCUGACCCUGGGGUGCCUGAAAACGGCAAGCGCACCGGAAAUGACUUUAGUAUUGAUGCCACAGCCCAGUUUACCUGUGAUGAGGACUACGUGUUACAGGGCUCUAAAAGCAUCACAUGUCAAAGAGUGGCUGAGGUGUUUGCUGCCUGGAGCGACCACAGACCAGUGUGUAGAGUGAAGACCUGCGGAUCAAAUCUUCAAGGUCCAUCAGGAACAUUCACCUCUCCAAAUUUUCCUAUUCAAUAUGAGAGCAACUCCCAGUGUGUGUGGAUAAUCACAGCCAGCAACCCAAACAAGGUCAUUCAGAUCAACUUUGAAGAGUUUGACUUGGAGCUCGGCUAUGACACAUUAACGAUAGGUGAUGGCGGAGAAGUGGGAGACCCACGGACAAUCCUGCAAGUGCUGACUGGAAGCUUUGUUCCUGACCUCAUCGUCAGCAUGACCUAUCAGAUGUGGCUUCAUCUCCAGUCUGAUGAGAGUGUGGGCUCCAUAGGCUUCAAGAUUAACUACAAAGAAAUUGACAAGGAGAGCUGUGGUGACCCCGGCACACCGCUGUAUGGAAUGAGAGAAGGAGAUGGUUUCUCUAAUGGAGAUAUACUGCGCUUUGAGUGCCAGUUUGGCUUCGAGCUGAUUGGAGAGAAGACCAUAUCCUGUCAGAACAACAACCAAUGGUCUGCCAACGUCCCAAUCUGCAUCUUUCCAUGUCUUUCAAACUUCACUGCCCCCAUGGGUACAGUCCUUUCUCCGGAUUACCCAGAAGGCUAUGGGAACAACCUCAACUGCGUCUGGCUAAUACUUUCAGACCCCGGCAGCCGAAUUCACUUGGCAUUCAACGACUUUGACCUGGAGGCUCCCUAUGACAUUCUAACAGUAAAGGACGGUGAGCUGAUUGAUUCUGCUGUGCUGGGCCGCUUCACUGGUGCAGAAGUUCCAUCACACCUCACCAGCAACAGUAACAUUCUCCGCCUGGAGUUCCAGGCUGACCACUCCAUGUCUGGGCGAGGCUUCAACAUCACUUAUAACACUUUUGGCCAUAAUGAGUGUCCAGAUCCUGGAGUUCCUCUUAAUGCUCGGCGAUUUGGUGACAACUUCCAGCUGGGCAGCUCAAUUUCCAUCAUCUGUGAGGAUGGCUUUAUCAAGACCCAGGGCUCAGAGACAGUCACCUGUGAGCUGAACAGCAGCAAGGUGAUGUGGAGCGGUCCCAUCCCAAAGUGUGAAGCUCCUUGUGGCGGUCACUUUUCAGCACCAAAUGGGAUUAUCUUGUCUCCUGGAUGGCCAGGCUAUUACAAAGACUCUCUCAGCUGUGAAUGGGUCAUUGAGGCAGAAUCAGGUCGUUCCAUCAAGAUCAGCUUCGAAAAGUUUCAAACGGAGCUGAACUGUGAUUUUCUAGAAAUCCAUGAUGGACCUAAUCUUUUGUCUCCCCUGAUUGGUUCGUUUAAUGGCACACAGGUGCCUCAGUUCCUGUUCAGCAGCAGUAACCACCUGUACAUGCUCUUCACGACUGAUAACAGCCGGUCCAACAGUGGCUUCAAAAUCCUCUAUGAAAGUGUGACAGUGGAUGCGUACUCAUGCUUGGAUCCAGGGGUACCGGUCAAUGGGCUACGCUACGGCCAAGACUUCUCCAUUGGGUCCACUGUUUCUUUUGGUUGUGACUCUGGCUACAGGCUUAGCCAUGAGGAGCCCCUGGUCUGUGAGAAGAACCACUGGUGGAGCCACCCUCUGCCCACUUGUGAUGCACUUUGUGGAGGUGAUGUGCGAGGUCCAGGUGGCACUAUCCUAUCUCCAGGAUACCCCGAGACCUACCCCAGCUCUCUUAACUGCACCUGGACCGUGGAGGUCAGCCAUGGCAAAGGAGUUCAGUUCACCUUUAACACCUUCCACCUGGAGGAUCACCAUGACUAUUUGCUCAUCACUGAGAAUGGGAGCUUUGUGCAGCCUCUUGCCCGCCUCACAGGUGCUGAACUGCCCUCGACCAUCAAUGCAGGCCUCUAUGGCAAUUUCAAAGCUCAGCUGCGUUUCAUCUCGGAUUUCUCAAUCUCCUAUGAGGGAUUCAACAUCACGUUCACAGAGUAUAACCUGGAACCAUGUGAGGAUCCUGGAAUGCCACAGUUUGGCAACCGUAAUGGCUACAGCUUUGAUAUUGGGGAUACUCUUACAUUCUCCUGCAACAUGGGUUAUCGUCUAGAGGGCCCUCCGGAAAUUAUGUGCCUGGGAGGGGGCCGCCGCAUGUGGAGCGCACCUCUGCCAAGGUGUGUGGCUGAGUGUGGCUCAUCUGUCAUCAACAAUGAAGGGAUUCUUCUUUCACCAAAUUAUCCUAUGAACUAUGACAACAACCAUGAGUGCAUCUACAGCAUCCAAGUGCAGGCUGGGAAAGGAAUCAACAUAUCUGCUCGAACCUUUCAUUUGGCCCAGGGGGACAUCUUGAAGAUUUAUGAUGGGAAAGACAAUGCAGCCUAUGUCCUGGGAGCCUUCACUGGUUCAGCCAUGCUGGGCCUGACCCUCAUCAGCACUUCCAAUCAUCUAUGGCUGGAAUUCUAUUCAGACGCUGAGGCCACCGGAGAGGGUUUCAAACUGGUGUACUCAAGCUUUGAGUUGUCUCACUGUGAGGAUCCUGGAGUCCCCCAGUUUGGCUUCAAGGUGAAUGACCAGGGCCACUUCUCUGGCAGCACCAUCACCUACAAGUGUGAUCCUGGCUACACCCUGCAUGGCAGCAGUGUGCUCAAAUGUAUGACCGGGGAAAGACGUGCAUGGGAUAACCCUCUGCCAUCAUGUAUAGCUGAAUGCGGGGGACGUUUUAAAGGGGAAUCAUCUGGGCGUAUUCUGUCCCCUGGUUACCCGUUCCCUUAUGACAACAACUUGCGGUGUACUUGGGUCAUUGAGGUGGACUUGGGCAACAUCGUCAGCCUGCAAUUUCUAGCCUUUGACACAGAGGCAUCCCAUGACAUCCUGAAGGUGUGGGAUGGCCCUCCAGAAAAUGAAAUGUCUCUUAGGGAAUUAAGUGGCUCUCUUCUACCAGAGGGUAUCCACAGUACCCUCAACAUGGUGACCAUCCAGUUUGAGACUGACUUCUACAUCAGCAAGUCUGGCUUUGCCAUCGAUUUUUCCAGCUCUGUGGCCACGGCCUGCAGGGAUCCAGGAGUACCCAUGAAUGGCACUCGGAAUGGAGAUGGACGGGAGCCGGGAGACACUGUGACUUUUUUGUGUGACCCAGGAUAUGAGUUGCAGGGUGAGAUGAAGAUCACCUGUAUACAAGUGGAAAACCGCUAUUACUGGCAACCCAGCCCACCCAUAUGCAUAGCUCCUUGCGGUGGAAAUUUGACAGACUCCUCUGGCUUUAUCCUCUCACCCAACUAUCCUCACCCAUACCCUCACAGCAAGGACUGUGACUGGCUCAUCGUCGUCAACCCCGACUACGUUAUUUCACUGGCAUUUAUCAGCUUUAGUAUAGAGCCAAACUAUGACUUUCUGUACAUAUAUGAUGGGAUGGACAGCAACAGUCCCCUGAUUGGCAGCUUCCAGGACAGCAAGCUUCCCGAGAGGAUUGAGAGCAGCUCAAACGCUGUGCAACUGGCCUUCCGCAGUGAUGGCUCUGUCAGCUAUGCUGGCUUUCACCUAGAGUACAAAGCCAAGUUGAGGGAGUCAUGCUUCGAUCCAGGAAAUGUAAUGAACAGCACAAGGCUGGGUAGUGACUAUAAACUCGGAUCCACAGUGACAUUCUACUGUGAAGCUGGUUACAUGCUCCAGGGCCACUCAACACUUACAUGCAUCAUGGGAGACGAUGGCAGGCCUGGUUGGAACAGAGGCUUGCCCAGCUGUCAAGCACCUUGCGGAAGUCGCUCCACUGGCUCUGAGGGAACCGUUCUGUCCCCUAACUUUCCCAGGAAUUAUACCGCAGGCCAUAGCUGUGUUUACUCCAUCUCCGUGCCCAGGGAAUUUGUUCUUUUUGGGCAGUUCGUUUUGUUCCAGACGUCUCUAAAUGAUGUAGUUGACAUUUAUGAUGGGCCCACACAGCAAGCCACUCUGCUCUCCUCACUCUCAGGCUCUCACUCAGGCGAGUCACUGCCUUUAAGCACUGGAAACCAGAUAACCCUCAAAUUCACAACAGUUGGACCAGAAACUGCCAAAGGCUUUCACUUUGUAUACCAAGCUGUGCCACGGACCAGUGCUACACAGUGCAGUUCUGUGCCUGAACCCCGCUUUGGAAAGCGCAUUGGCAACGACUUUGCUGUAGGCUCAGCUGUAAUGUUUGAGUGCAAUCCUGGAUACACACUCCAUGGCUCCACUGCCAUCCGCUGUGAAACGGUGCCUGACGCCCUGGCACAAUGGAACGACACUCUGCCUACCUGCAUGGUGCCAUGUGGAGGGGUUCUGACAGCACGUAAGGGCACCAUCCUCUCCCCAGGAUACCCUGAACCUUAUGACAACAAUCUCAAUUGCGUGUGGAAGGUGUCAGUUCCUGAGGGAGCCGGAAUCCAAAUCCAGGUUGUGAGUUUUGCCACAGAACACAAUUGGGAUUCUCUAGAUUUCUAUGAUGGAGCUGAUAACAAUGCCCCCAGAUUGGGAAGCUAUUCAGGAACCACUAUUCCUCAGUUGCUGAACAGCACAUCCAACAACCUUUACCUGAACUUUGUGUCCGACAUCAGUGUUUCAGCAGCAGGCUUCCAUCUGGAAUACACAGCAAUUGGUCUUGAUUCCUGCCCUGAGCCUCAGACCCCGACAUAUGGCAUUAAAUUGGGAGAUCGUUACAUGGUGGGAGAUGUUGUUAUGUUUCAGUGUGAACAAGGAUAUUCUUUACAGGGAAAUGCUCACAUUACAUGUAUGCCAGGACCAGUAAGAAGAUGGAAUUAUCCUGUGCCACUCUGCAUUGCUCAGUGUGGAGAAUCCAUGACUGAAAUGAGUGGUGUGAUCCUGAGUCCUGGAUACCCUGGCAAUUAUCCCAGUGGGCUGGACUGUACCUGGUCUGUCAUCCUACCAAUCGGUUUUGGGAUUCACCUACAGUUUGUGAAUUUCUCCACCGAGGCCAUACAUGACUAUUUGGAGAUCCGGAGUGGUCCAUCAGAAACCAGUAAUGUAAUUGACAGGUUUAGUGGACCUCAGGUGCCAGAGCCUCUGUUCAGCACCACCCAUGAAACAAGCUUCUUUUUUCACAGUGAUUACUCUCAGAACAAGCCGGGAUUUCACAUCAUUUACCAAGCUUAUCAGCUACAGAGCUGUCCGGACCCCAGGCCAUUUAGAAAUGGCAUUGUGAUUGGCAGUGACUUCAGUGUUGGCAUGACUGUGUCAUUUGAGUGCCUGCCAGGUUAUUCCCUCAUCGGAGAGGCCUCUCUUACAUGCCUGCAUGGAAUUAGUCGCAAAUGGAACUACCCUGUGCCACGCUGUGAAGCUCUGUGUGGAGGCAACAUUACAUCCAUGAAUGGAACCAUCUUCUCCCCUGGCCACCCUGCUGAGUACCCCAACUUCCAGGACUGUGUGUGGAGUGUGAGGGUUCCUCCUGGCAAUGGCAUCUACAUCAACUUUACUGUCCUCAGCACUGAGCCCAUCUAUGACUACAUUACUGUUUGGGAUGGACCAGACCAAAGCUCACCACAGAUAGGUCAGUUCAGUGGUAACACAGCUCUGGAGUCGGUAUACAGCACAUCCAACCAGAUCCUCAUCAAGUUCCACAGUGACUUCAGUGGCAGUGGCUUCUUUGUCCUUAGCUAUCAUGCUUACCAGCUGCGAGUGUGCCAGGCACCACCAGAAGUGGCUAAUGCUGAUGCUCUUUUUGAAGACAAUGAGUUUGAGAUAGGUGACAUUAUUCGUUAUCACUGUCAUCCUGGCUUCAGUCUGGUGGGGAGUGAGAUUCUUACAUGCAGGCUGGGUGAGAGGCUUCAGAUGGAUGGGCCUCCCCCAUCAUGUCAGGUGCAAUGUCCUGCUCAUGAUGUGCGUUUCGAUUCAACGGGUGUGAUCUUAAGCCCUGGCUAUCCAGAUAGCUACCCCAAUCUGCAGAUGUGCUCAUGGAGUAUCAACGUGGAAAAGGGCUACAACAUUACCCUACACUUCGAGUUCUUCCAGACUGAGAAGGAAUACGACAUUCUUGAAGUCUUUGACGGCCCCACAAUUCACAGUCAGACCCUGGCUACUCUGAGUGGUGAUGUUGCUACCCCUUUCAACAUCACCACAACUGGACACCAGCUUCUGCUGCGCUGGUCAGCCGACCACGGCACCAAUAAGAAGGGCUUUCGUAUCCGCUAUGUCGCUCUUUACUGCAGCACCCCUGAUUCCCCACUGCAUGGCUCCAUCAGCAGUCAGACAGGAGGCCAUAUGAACAGCCAAGUACGUUGGGCCUGUGACCGUGGCUAUCACCUUAUUGGCAAGAGCACAGCCGUCUGCAGGAGAACACCGUAUGGCUACUACACCUGGGAUGCACCAGUACCUGCCUGCCAGGCUGUGUCCUGUGGAGUGCCUAAGGCGCCUAUAAAUGGGGGUGUGCUGGCUGUGGAUUACUCAGUUGAAACACGCGUGACCUACUUCUGUAACGACGGCUACAGACUUUCCUCCAAAGAACUGACCAGCGCCGUGUGCCAGACUGAUGGCACCUGGAGCAAUCACAACAAGAUCCCUCGCUGCUCUGUUGUUGUUUGCCCUAGCAUUGGGUCAUUUUCUCUGGAGCAUGGGAGGUGGCGAAUCGUUAAUGGUUCACAUUAUGAAUACAGGACAAAAAUCAUCUUUACCUGUGACCCUGGCUAUUACCGUCUGGGCCCUGCCCACAUCCAGUGUAUGGCCAAUGGAGCAUGGAGCUGGAGGAACGAAAGACCACAUUGUCAGAUUAUCUCCUGUGGGGACCUUUCCACACCUGCCAAUGAGAAGAAAAUUGGAACACAGACCACUUUUGGGGCCACUGCUAUCUUUACAUGUGAUGCUGGCUUCAUGCUGGUGGGCUCCACUGUAAGGGAGUGCCUGUCGUCUGGCCUGUGGAGCGGAACAGAGACACGAUGUCUAGCGGGGCACUGUGGGCUGCCUGAGCAGAUUGUGAACGGUCAAGUAAUCGGAGAGAAUUUUGGCUACAGGGACACUGUGGUAUACCAAUGCGCCCCAGGCUUCCGGCUCAUUGGUUCCUCUGUGCGCAUCUGCCAGCAGGACCACAACUGGUCUGGACAGCUACCCAUUUGCAUUCCCAUCAGCUGUGGGCACCCAGGCAGCCCCAUCUACGGACGUACCAUAGGAAACGGCUUUAACCUGAAUGAUGUGGUGAGCUUCUCCUGCAACACUGGCUAUGUGAUGGAGGGCCCAGGACGGGCUCAAUGCCAGGCCAACCGGCAGUGGAGCCAGCCACCACCAACAUGUAAAGUGCUCAAUUGCUCUGAUCCUGGGAUCCCAGCCAACUCCAUCAGGCAGAGCAAGAUCGAACACGGCAACUUCACCUUUGGUACUGUGGUUUUUUAUGACUGUAACCCAGGCUACUACCUGUUUGGCUCCUCUGUCCUCACCUGCCAGCCCACCGGCCAAUGGGACAAGCCUCUUCCCGAAUGCAUUGUGGUAAAUUGUGGACACCCCGGAUCACCUCCGAAUGGAAUUCUAAGUGGAGACAAGUUUACGUUUGGCUCCACUGUGCGUUACUCUUGUACAGGUGGCCGGCAGCUGAAGGGCGAAUCCUCACGAACCUGCCAGCUCAAUGGUGAUUGGAGUGCACCAAUGCCCUUCUGCUCAGGUGAUUCGUCAGGGACAUGUGGAGAUCCAGGUGUGCCCUCUCAUGGGAGGAGGGAGGAGAGUGAUUUUCGGUUCCGCAGUAAAGUACACUUCAGCUGUUCUAUAGGCUACGUGCUUUUUGGCUCCUUUGAGAGGACGUGUUUACCCAACGGCACCUGGUCUGGAAAUCAGCCCUUCUGCAAACCGGUGCAGUGUGGCAACCCUGGCACCCCCAGUAAUGGCAGAGUGUACCGGCUGGAUGGCACCACCUUUUCUCACUCAGUCAUCUACUCCUGCAUGGAUGGUUACCUGCUAAGCGGCUCUAGCACACGCCAGUGCCAAGCCAAUGGCACCUGGUCAGGAACAGCACCCAACUGCACCAUGAUUAACUGUGGUGAUCCUGGAGUACCAGCUAACGGAGUGAGGUAUGGUGAGGAUUUCACCAUCGGCCAGAACAUCACAUUUGCAUGCCAGCCUGGCUACAGUAUGGAAGCAGAGGGCUUCUCUAUUCUCUCCUGCACUGGUAAUGGCACCUGGAGUGCACCACUACCCUUUUGCAAAGCUGUGACAUGCACCGCUCCUCCCCUCAUCUCUAAUGGGGUGUUGGAGGGCACUGACUUUGAGUGGGGCACCGGUGUGAGCUACAGUUGCUCCCCAGGCUAUGAACUGUCCUUCCCUGCUAUCCUUACCUGCGUUGGAAAUGGCACCUGGAGUGGAGAGGUGCCCCAGUGCCUACCAAAGUUUUGUGGGGAUCCGGGAAUCCCAGCCCAUGGCUUUCGAGAGGGCCGUAGCUUCAUCUACCAGUCAGAAGUGUCAUUUAGCUGCAGUGCCCCCUACAUCCCAGUGGGCAGCACAACGCGUAUCUGUCAGGCUGAUGGCACUUGGAGCGGUUUCCAGCCUCGUUGCAUAGAACCAACCCGUACCAGCUGUGAGAACCCUGGGACACCGCGCUAUGGCUCUAUGAACCGCACCUUUGGCUUCAAGGUUGGGAGCAUGGUGGCCUUCCAGUGCCAGCCAGGGAACUUGCUGCAGGGCUCAACGACUAGAAUCUGCCAGGCUGACCUCACCUGGAGUGGAACCAAGCCAGAGUGUAUCCCUCAUAAUUGUAAGCAGCCCGAGAGCCCUCCCCAUGUAGAAGUCAUAGGGAUGGACCUGCCCGGUUAUGGCUACACACUCAUUUAUACCUGUCAGACUGGCUUUUAUCUGUCUGGAGGUUCAGAGCAUCGAGUCUGUCGGUCUGAUGGCACAUGGACAGGGAAGAUGCCUGUGUGUCGAGCUGGCUCCAAGCUAUCAGAGAAGCCCAUAAAGCCAGUCACUGGAACACCAAAUCCCAAGUUAAAUGUCCCAGAUGAUGUAUUUGCUCCAAACUACAUAUGGAAAGGCUCAUAUAACUACAGGGGGAGGAAGCAACCAAUGACUCUGAGUAUCGCAAGCUUUAAUACAUCCACGGGUAGAGUUAACGUCACAUUAACCAGUAGCAACAUGGAGCUGCUACUUUCAGGUGUCUAUAAGAGCCAGGAAGCAAGGUUGAUGCUGCUCGUAUAUGAUGUACAAGCAUCUUCGACUACUACGUUGAGCAGGUUGAAAGAGGAACAGUGGUCACUGGAUGGUUUUGUCUCUCCAGAACCCGAUGGUGCCACGUAUGUCUUUCAAGGCUUUAUACAGGGUAAAGACUAUGGACAGUUUGGCCUACAAAGGCUAGGUUUGAACAUGUCUGAGAGUAAUAACUUGUCAAAUCCACCCCAUGGUACGAACAGUAGCUCUGUGGCCAUAGCAAUCCUUGUGCCUUUUUUUGCCUUGAUUUUUGCAGGCUUCGGAUUUUACCUCUACAAACAGCGGACUACUCCUAAAACCCAGUACACAGGCUGCUCAGUCCACGAGAACAACAAUGGGCAGGCUGCUUUUGAGAACCCCAUGUACAACACCAGUGCUAAAUCAGGGGAGACCAAAGCUGUCCGAUUUGACCCCAACUUAAACACAGUCUGCACAAUGGUAUAAUGAGGACCACUGAACAAAAGAACUAUUAUGAGUUUUUUUUGUUUUCAUGCUUUUGUUGUUGUUUUUUAUAAAUCAAGUGGAUAUAAAGGUUUCUCGAGCAGAAAUGAGUUUCACUGACACUGGUCGAGAAGGUCCUGUGGAUGCACUGUUGCCCUUCCUGUGAUAUUCAAAGCACACUCUUCAGGAACUGUGAUUUGACAAUGUGCACCUACCAAGGACAUGAAAGACAAUGAAGACAAUGAAAGGUUUUUGAGAGCCUGCCCCUUAAAAACCCAAAAUCUUUAGUCUUCACAGCAGAAAGCGUGGAGAGUUUACAUUUUCUGUUUGCACUCUGUGAGUGCUUCUUCACAUUCGACUGGGUCUUUUUUAUGAAAUAGAGAUCUGUAAAUCUAAUCGCGUAUAUAUGAGCAGCAGUCACCACCUAUAUUUUUAAGCUAUGUUACAUGAGUGAGAGCUUCUACUGAGAGUUUAUGAGAAAAUUA